UACCACCACCACCACCACCACCACUGCCACCACCGGCGACAGCAAGCCCGCGCCGCCGGCGCCGCCGAAGAGCUCGAUAGAGCAGCUCGAGGCGGCGUCGGCGGCGGGCGAGACGGGCAAGCUCCGCAUGCAGGACCGGCUGAUGGACCGGGAGACGACGACGGCGCACUGGGCGGAGGGGAAGCUGGCGCGGCUGGGCACGCCGCCGAUCGGGUCGCGGCGGCGGCGCGCGGCGCUGCGCACGUCGGACAACGUGCCGUUCGAGCAGCUGCCGUACCAGUGCUUCCAGGAGGCGCGCCGGGUGCUGCAGGAGGACCGCCGCCAGAAGCUCCAGGCCAUCGCCGACGAGCUGGCCAAGAUCAAGCGCCUCGAGGACACCCCCGCCGACCAGCUCCCCGGCGGCGAGGCCAAGAAGACCCGGCGCCUCGAGAGCAUGCGCAAGUACCUCGAGGAGCUCAAGAUCCUCGCCGACGUCAACGACCCGCUCGUGAAGCGGAGAUUCGAGGAUGGCAUGGGGGAUAUGGACAAGCCAAUUUAUCGAUACUACGCUGAGCGCAAAUGGCGGCGCGGACUAUCGUACCUCAUGAUUAAACAGCGUAUCGAGCAGCUCCAUAUUGUCCCAGACGUACUACCAAAGUUCGAGCCCGUCGUGGAAGUUCAGCUAUUUUUCCGGCGACUCAAAGUCGAGCCCGGCGAGAUUCUGAAUUCGGCCGUCACGGAAGUGCCGCCUCGCUUGAAAGUCCAGGUCUUCAACGCCGGCGAGCGUCUCGUCUCGGUAGUUGUCAUGGACUCGGACGUGCCCAACCCCGAGACGGACAUGUUCGAAAGGCGAUGCCACUAUCUCUCGGCGAAUGUGCCCAUCUCCCCUAACCAGCCUUCGUUGCCGCUCGGCAAGGCCAAUAAGGACACUCAACUAGCCGUGCGGUGGCUGCCGGCUUUUUCGCACAAGGGCGCGCCGUACCAUAGACUGUCCGUAUUCGUGCUGGAACAGAAGCCCGGGCAGGUCCUGGAUAUUGCCCAACUCCGCGAACUGUACUCGGGCCGGGACGGGUUUAGUUUGAAGAGCUACCGGGACAAGUUCGGUCUCACCCCCGUCGGCUUCAACAUCUUCAGAACCGUCUGGGACGAGAACACGGCUGCCGUCAUGGAGAGGGCCGGCGUGCCUGGCGCGAAUAUCGAAUUCAAGUUCAAGAGAGUCUACUCCCUCAAGGGAGAGAAGAAGCUGAGGGGCUGGGAAGCGAAGAGGGCGAAGCCGAAGUACAGGUCCUUAUGGAAGUACAGCCGGAGGAUUCGCGGUAUCCAUCGCCGCCGCUAGACGUGUUAUCGAUGCUGAUGUAUCAUAUGUACAAAAUGAGGCGGCGAAUCGUAGAAGGGCCGGAACCAUGUCCGAACCCGGUGACGAUCCUCUCUGGCGGAGACGCGAGACUAGCAUAGCUCAAGUGCCAUUCCACGUGGUUUUCGUGCUGAUCGAUCCCGUAAUGCCUUGCAUCUGCUGACAGUGUGAUGGCGGACAGGUAAGCCCCUGUCGCGCUAGGCCGGACGGGCGUGUAUUCGCCAGGAGCUAUCGGUCCCCAGAUCCCGAGUUCUACGAGAUUGGGCCAUCUCGCGUUGUAUUCGAGCUCAACAUCGGGGCAUCAUAGCGCCAAUAGCAGCGG